AUGCCCACCAGCCAAGCCGACGAACCCACAUUCCUCCUCAUCGACGGCAUCAAAGUCUACGAGCUUCGCGCAUUCGACGGAUGGGGCUACCACCGCUGGGCCCGCGCUAUGAAACUUUACCUCCUCACCAAAGGUCUUCUCUCGAUCCUCGACGGCGAUGAGAUCUUUGUCGACCCGGUCACCAGCGCCGACUGGGUGAAGCGCGAUAGGGAAGUCUAUGCGCAUUUGAGGAAUGCGGUGAUUUUUUGGUUGGAGGGUGAAUUCUCUUUCGAUGUGAUAGAGUAUACCGAGCCGAGUGCGAAGGAUCCGAAGUCGAGGGCGAAGGAGUAUUGGGAUCAUUUGAAAAAGGAGGUCGAUGAGAGAUUUCAGUUCGAGCAGUGGAAGAGUCGGAGGCAGAGGUAUCAGUAA